AAAGGAGAGUGUUGUUCGUUCUGUCAAGAGAAUUGGAGAAGUCUGUAGCGAGCAUGGCCUCUUUGAGGGACGACCCUGUGGAGCGGCUUCAGGACGAGGUGUCUUGUUCCAUCUGCCUGGAGUACCUGAGGGAACCGGUGACCAUCGAUUGCGGCCACAACUUCUGCUGGGCCUGCAUCUCCAACUACUGCGAGCAGGGAGCCGGUUCGGCGACCGGUGUGGCUCUUUGUCCACAGUGCCGGGCCGGCUUCCUUCUGAGCAGCUCACGUUCCAACAAACAGCUGGCCAACAUUGUGGAGGGCAUCGAGCGGCUGGCUCUGCGGCCACCAGGCCGAAGCCCUGGUGAGGCCUUGUGUGAGAGGCAUGGCAAGAAGUUGCGCCUUUUCUGUCAGGACGACGGGGAGCCCAUUUGCCUGGUGUGUGACAAAUCCCGAGAGCAUCGUUCACACACGGUCCUGCCCAUUGAGGAAGCAGCUCACGACUACAAGAUUAAGCUCCAGGAAGCUGUGGGUUUUCUGAAGAAGGUGCUGGGAGAAGCAACCAAGCUGCAGGCCCAAGAGGAAGACAAAACAGCCCAGUGGAAGGAGAAAGUCGAGCAGUGCAGAGCCUUAAUUGUAUCUGGGUACGAGAGACGGCGCCAGGCCUUAGAUGAGGAGGAGCAGCUGCUUCUGAGGCAGCUGGAAGAGGAAGAACAGGCAACCCUGAAGAAGCUGCAGAUGAACUGGGUGUUUGUACUAGGACAGUGUGCCGGUCUGCAAGACCUGAUUUCGGAGAUGGAACACAAAAGACAGCAGCCAGCUGCCUCGUUGCUCAAGGAUGUGAAAAACACCUUGACAAGGAGUGAAAAGGUGUCGUUGCUGGAACCACUGCCUGUCUCUAUGGAUCUGCUGGAUUUGUAUGAUGUCCCCGGUUUGAUGGAGUCACUCCGAAGAUACAGAGCACCGGUGACCUUUGACCCCGAGACCGCAAAUCCCUACCUGCUCCUCUCAGAGGAUCUGCUCAGUGUACAAGUAGGAGAUCGGAGGCAAGAUGUGCCCAAGAGCUUGGUGCGUUUCGAGACGUGCACUUGCCUGCUGGGCCGGGAGCAAUUCACCUCUGGGAGAUACUACUGGGAAGUCCACGUGGGCAGCAAGACCAGCUGGACGCUCGGCGUGUGCCGAGAAUCGGUGAGCCGCCAGGGGAUCUUCACGCCCUCACCUGCGACAGGUUUCUGGACUGUGUGGCUGCGGAAUGGCGAUGAGUAUGCCGCUCUCACCUCCCCCCUGACAGAGCUGGUGCUCAGGGCGAGGCCUAGUUUAAUCGGCAUCUUCUUGGACUACGAUGCGGGCGAGGUCUCCUUCUAUAAUGCAGAUAAUGGGUCCCACAUCUUUACCUUCACAGACUCCUUCACGGGGACCCUCCGGCCGUAUUUCUAUCCUGGGGUCCGGGCAGGAGGCCUCAAUGAUGCCCCACUUGUCAUUCAACCAGCAUCCUGCCAGACCCCAGACAUAUCAUACUGUCCUAGCAAGGAGGCCUUUUCAGGUCACUGUGAAAUCCACAGCAGUUUCAUAGAAACAGGUUUGUUGGAUGCGCUGAAGGAUUAGGUACAUCUGUGCCGAACUGAACAGCAAAGAGAGGAAGAUUUAGACUAUGGACAAGAUCUGAUUUAGACUAUGGACAAGAUCUGAUCGUUGGCCAGACUUGAAGUCGGCAAGGUAUUUUCUUCAAGAACACAUUGGUCAAUGACCCUGGAAGGCUAGGUGUAUUUCUUCUCCUGAAAUAUGUAGCGUGGCUCACUUCCUUAAGUCAUCUGGUGCUCAAAGAGUAAUUUACACGUGGAAUUCAUUGCCACAGGAAGUGAUGGUGGCUACAAGCAUA